UCUACUGCCUCCGUACAAAAAGAGAAGAAGAAAAAUCAUGGAGAUGGAUCCAAGUUUGAGAGAAGAAGCUGAAACAGGACACAUUGAUGCCUUGCACGUUCUAAUUGGAGAGGAUCCGUACAUCUUGGAACGCAUCGACCAAGUUCCUUUCGUCGAUACUCCAUUUCAUGUAGCAGCAGACAAAGGGCAAGUUAGUUUCGCAAUGGAGAUGAUGAACUUGAAGCCUUCGUUUGCCAAGAAGCUGGACUCAAAUGGGUUUAGUCCCCUGCACUUGGCGCUGAGAAGUGCGCAGACUAAGCUAGUGUUUCGACUGUUGAAGGCAGAUAAAGAUCUGGUUCGCGUCAAAGGAUGGGAAGGGAUGACUGCUUUCCAUUAUGUAGUUACAACCGGGAACUCUAGGCUUUUGGUCAACUUUCUUGAAGCUUGCCCCGAAUGCAUAGAAGAUGUGAUGGUUCGAGACGAGACUGCGUUACAUCUUGCUUUGAAAGAAGACCAGAUCGAAGCUUUUAACCUCCUAAUUGGAUGGCUUCAAAGGACUCGUCGUAUUCACGAUAGAGUCUUUUCCCUUGAGAAAAAAAUGGCGAAUUGGAAAGACGACCAAGACAACACUCUGUUGCACAUUGCGGCUAAGAAGAAGCAAAACGAUGCACUCAAACUGUUGUUAGGUUCCCAACUUUGGUUGCACGUAAAAGGCAAGGAUUCGGAAAAUUUGACGGCUCUACAAAUCAUAAAAUAUGCCAACAGACGAGGCGUGAACACCAGCACGAAUGAGGAAGUCGAUACCAAGAUUAAGCUGUUGAAAGGUAAAGUUAUGUUCAGUGGUGGGAGAUCGAACAAGGCACAGCAUGUCGGUGGACACGAUCAACACGAUGCUGGUGAUUAUGGCUCUCGUUAUAACAGCAAUCUACCAAUCGUCGUUAAGUCCACCGGGUAGUGUUUGGCAAGACAAUGACACCGCCCCGGCCCAGGCCCCGCCCCCCUCAAACAUCACUUAUCACUUGUCCAAUA